CUUGUCAGCAUGGCACGCGGGACAUAUCAACAAACAUACGCCCUUUUGAGAUGGAUGGAUGCUAUGCAGACUUUUGACUCGUUUCAGCUGCAAAAGUGAAUGUAUCCUGUUUUUUUUUGUUGACUGGUUUGUUUAUGUAAGGCAAGAAAACGACCCUCGCCCUCCGCUUUUUCACCGUCGUCAUUGGGAAAGGCAUGUCAAGGCCCCUCUUUGUGCCUGCCGGUCUGCUGUCUGGCUCGCCAUCGAUUCUUCUCCAGACGCACACUUGGCGCAGGGCGUUUUUCUUUUCUUCUCUUUCUCCCCCGUUUCCACUUUCCUUCGCAACUCUUGUGCACCAUUCAACACAGCACACACCUACAACAUACACAUACACACAUGCACACAUACACACACGCACGCACACACACACGCUUUAUAUCGACUGCAAUUCUCUAUCUCGCGCACAUUACCGAGCACUGACAUCUCUUGCUUGCCAGACCUGCUCUUCUCGCGACCGAGCACCAUUCCAUUCCCUCGAGGCAUUGUGUUCUGCCCAAAACAAAGGUACAUCAUAUACACACACAUACCGCUCUUGAAAGAAAAAAAAAUCGCCCGAGGAACACUCCCUCGGCUAAAGCAUUCCACACAAACAUUCACACAUACACGUAUACACAUAUACACAUAUACAUACAUAUACACCUUUCUCUCGGUCAUCGCCAUUGCCACUCUUCAUGCAAUGAGUCGCCGAUGCAUUCAAACGCAUAGGAUUCAUUUCGCAUCUGUUGUGCAACUCAUUGAGGGCGGGAAUUUUAAGGCGGGGAGAACACAAUAACAGAACACAACACAAUGCACACACACACACGUAUACACAGCGAGUACAAGGACAGAGAGGGGGGGAAAAGAGCACGGAUGCAGAUUACUAUCAGAGAAGGGGAGGGGGAAUGGGAAGAGGCAGGUCUGCAUAUUACCGAGGUGCUAUAUAUCGUAUUGUGCAUUGGGAGGACAAUGGGAAUAUGGAACAGACAUGCUCUUUGGAUAAGCAUAGCAAAGGCAGGGAUCGAGUGAGCAUUACACAACAGAAGCAAUGGGCACAUACCCCGCGCGAAUCCUCUACACACGAACACAAAAAGGAAAAAAAAAAAGGUGAGGGCUCUCAA